AACUAUUAUCAAUUCCCCCCCACCUACAUUCACAGUUCCACUCUCUCUCUCUCUCUCUCUCCUCACUUUCUCUCUCUUCCACCAUUCACUUUUGCGCGUGUUCUUUGAUCAAAACACUUUAAACAAACAAAUGAGAACAAGAUCAAAUUUUUGAUCUCGCGAAACUGUGAACCCUAAUUCCUUCGUGAGAUGACUGUGUUGUUGUUGUUGUUGUUCAUCCGUACAGUUUUCAUCGCCGUUUUUCUCGGAUUCUCCUGCCGAGCACAGAACUUCACAUGCUCCACAGAAGAUUCCACUUCUCUGGAGGCUUUCGCUCGCCACCUCGAUUCGGGUCGGGUCGACGGGUGGGGCGGCGGCUCCGACUGCUGUCAAUGGGUCGGAGUCACCUGCAGCAAUUCGGGUCGGGUUAUCGAGCUGGACCUCGCGAGGAGAAGGCUCGCCGGCAACAUAUCCGAUUCGUUAGGUAAUUUGGGGGAGCUCAAAACCCUAAACCUGUCGCACAACUUCCUCAGAGGCGCAAUCCCUAACUCGCUUCUGCAUCUGCCAUUGUUGGAGACCUUCGAUUUGAGCAACAACGAUGUCUCCGGCCAAUUCGAUAACACCACCACCGCCGCCGCAGCCAACCUGCCGUCGAUCAGAGCUUUCAACAUUUCCGACAAUUCAAUCGCCGGCGCUGCCCCUGUUUGGAUUUGCAAAAAUUCGACCGUGAUUAAGGUUAUUAAUUUCGCCGACAAUCUCUUCAGCGGAAUCCUUCCUCUUGGACUUGGUGAUUGUGCUUCUUCACUGGAGGAACUCGACCUCUCCGCAAAUUUCAUCCAUGGCGGUUUCCCUGAAGAUCUGUUUCACCUCCGAAAUUUGAAAAAAUUGUCUCUGCAAGACAACCAAUUUUCCGGCCACCUCUCCGGUCAUCUCUUCGGUAACCUCUCUAACCUCGUCCACAUCGAUUUGUCGUUAAACGAACUGUCCGGGAAUCUCCCCGACAUUUUCGACAGAUUUCCGCAUUUGAGAUUCUUCUCAGCUCAAUCGAAUCGUUUUGUCGGUAAAAUACCGAGGACAUUAGCGAAUUCGCCGACCCUCGUUUCUUUAAGUUUAAGAAACAAUUCUUUGAGCGGCACAAUCGAUCUCAACUGCUCUGCAAUGGUGAAUCUCGUUUCGCUCAAUUUAGCGACCAACGACUUUCGCGGCGAGAUUCCGAAGAAUCUUCCGGAAUGUUCUAGGCUGAGAACAAUAAAUUUCGCGAGGAUUAAUUUCUCAGGGCAAGUCCCGGAGAGUUUCAAGAAUUUCAGUAGCCUCUCCUACAUUUCUCUCUCGAAUUCGAGCAUCUCAAAUAUCGGAUCAGCCUUGGAAAUCUUGCAGCACUGCAGAAAUCUGACAACAUUAGUUCUUACAUUGAACUUUCGCGACGAAGCAAUGCCCGAUCAUCUUGUUAAUCUCGAGUUUAACGAGCUCAAGACACUUGUUAUCGCUAGUUGCAGGCUCACGGGGAAUAUACCACAGUGGCUGAACAACUGCAAGAACUUGAAACUGUUGGAUCUGUCCUGGAACCGUCUGGAAGGUUCCGUACCGUCUUGGUUCGGAGAUUUGCCGUCUUUGUUUUAUUUGGAUUUAUCCAAUAACUCUUUAACAGGGAACAUUCCGAAAGAACUCACUCAAAUGCAGAGCCUUAUAAACGGGAAUGUAUCGAUGGAGGAUCCCUCUCCUGAUUUCCCAUUCUUCGUGAGAAGGAACCGAAGCGGAUUUCAGUACAGGCAAGUUGUGAGCUUUCCUCCCACAUUAGAACUCGGAAACAAUUUUCUUACAGGAGAAAUUUGGCCGGAAUUCGGCAACCUUAAGGAGUUGCAUGUGUUGGAUUUAAAAUGCAAUAAUCUAACCGGUUCUAUUCCGAGUGGAUUAUCCGGUAUGAGGAGCUUAGAGACUCUCGAUUUGUCGUUUAAUAACCUCAAUGGAACUAUACCAUCUUCUUUGAGCAAGCUCACCUUUCUUUCGGAUUUUAACGUUGCCCAUAAUGCCCUCUCGGGUGCUAUUCCAACCGGAGGACAGUUUCAGACUUUUUCCAACUCGAGCUUCGAAGGUAACCAUGGUCUAUGUGGGGACCACGGCCUUCCUCCUUGUGCACGAAGCAAUAAUAAAGUCCCUCAUAUACCAUCCGAUGGAUCGAAGAAAAAAACAACUGCUAUAGCAAUGGGUGUUGGAAUCGGUGGGGGCACUAUUGUCAUUCUCGCUAUUGUAUAUCUAAUCGUCGUGUGCUCGUGUAGGCGAAGAGGUGUCGACCCGGAAAUGGAAUAUUCUCGUACUAGUAGUAAAACGGACUAUUAUUUCGAGGAAACCUCGAGCGUGGUUAUUCUAUGUCAGAACAAGGACAAGGACAUCAACAUUAGUAGUACUAGUAAAAAAGAGAUCUUUCUCGACGAUCUUUUGAAGGCAACUACCAAUUUCGACCAAUCAAACAUCAUCGGCUGCGGUGGGUUCGGUUUGGUCUACAAGGCGGUGCUCUCCGACGGCAGAAAGCUGGCCAUCAAGCGGCUCUCCGGCGAACACUUUCAGAUCGAGAGGGAAUUCCGAGCGGAAAUCGAGACACUCUCUAGAGCACAACACCCAAACCUCGUACGCCUCCAAGGUUAUUGCAAGUACAAAAAAGACAGGCUUUUGUUGUACACAUACAUGGAAAACGGGAGCCUCGAUUAUUGGCUGCACGAGAAAGUAGACGGCCCCACCUCUUUGGAUUGGGAGACCAGGCUGAAUAUAGCCAAAGGGGCGGCAAGAGGGCUAGCUUACUUGCACCAAUCGUGCGAGCCUCAUAUUCUUCAUCGGGAUAUUAAAUCGAGCAAUAUUCUAUUGAAUGAGAAAUUCGAAGCUCACUUGGCAGAUUUUGGACUUGCGAGGCUGAUUCUUCCUUACGAUACGCAUGUGUCAACGGAUCUUGUGGGGACUUUAGGGUAUAUUCCGCCGGAGUAUGGACAGGCGUCGGUGGCUACUUACAAAGGGGAUGUGUAUAGUUUUGGGGUUGUGCUUUUGGAGCUUUUGACCGGAAAGAGGCCGAUGGAUAUGUGCAGGAAGAGAGAGAAUCGGGAUUUGAUUGCUUGGGUGAGGGAAAUGAGGAGAGAGGAGAGAGAAACCGGUUUCGAUCCGUUUUUGUACGAGAAACGAAAUGCUGAGGAAAGUGAGUGUCUCGAGAUUGCUUGCGUUUGUUUAAGUGAGAAUCCGAAGAUGAGGCCUUUUACGCAGGAGUUGGUUUCUUGGCUAGACAAAGUUGGUUCGGUGCCCGAAGACGAGUUGUCCUAAUGUGGGCUCUCGGUUUUCGAAAGGGCAAUUUUUUUUAUUUCCCGGGUUUUUAGUUGUUCGAUACGAAAUGUAUACUGGAUAUAUGCUGUAUAUAAUUGUUCAGAUUAUGGAGGAAUAAGCAUGUCAUCUCCUUUUUCUCCCUUGAAUCAGAAAAUGAAAUGUAUAUUUGGUUUUAUUAAGUUAUAGAAAAUCUCACACAGUAUCCACAUCAAAAAAGAAAAGAAAUAAAAACAAGGGCUGUGUUAGUUUUACUUGUA